AUGGACGAGCAAUCACUACCGUACUGUGAGAUUUCGCUCUUCAAUGAGCCAUCAACCAUCUCAAUUGGACGACUGGAUCCCUAUGGAACAGCCAAAGCCAACUUCAAAGACUUCCUCCGGGACGACAACGGCGAAUUAGACAACUGUCACAAGCCACCAGGCGCUGGCAAGCCAUGCAGAGUCCUCCGAGUCUGUAUCACCAUGGGGCUGACCAUCAUGAGCGUCUUUACCCUCGUGGUGAUCAUCCUCGCGCUCCUGACUUUGAAGGGAUAUCUCUCCCCUUCACAGGUGGUCGUCUGA